AUGUCGUCGUUGAUGUCGUUGUCGUCAGUGUUAUUUUCUCGGUGUGGUGUGGGAUUUCUCAAUUCUUUUUUACAUAAUCACAAAAUUGAGCAUUUUUGGAAUAUUUUGGGAUUUGAUUUUGUUCUUUCUUUUGGCUUUUUUUGCAAUCAGUGCGCUAAAAUAGAUUUUACUGACAGAUUAUCAAAACUGAGGCAGCACAAAUUAAAUCUAGAAGGGAAAAGGAGAAAAUAUCUCCCAUUACAAACAAAAUCUGCUGUUGUAAAAAUUCAAUUUAUAAACAUUACUUUAUAUUACAUGGCAUUACGUUAG